AUGCCACCAAAAGCUACUCCAUCUACUAAAUCAACUAUCAAAUCCGCAUCUCCUGUUAGUCAAUUGAUCAAAGUUAUAAAAACUCAACAAUUUUACUGGUUUUUAGGUCAUGUAUUUGCAUUAUUAUUUUCAUUAUUAAGUACUUUAACAGGAUUGAUUUUCAGAAAUGAAUCAUCUUUAAAAUAUUUUAGAUUUGCUUUGAUAUCAAAUAUUAUAACUUAUGGGAUAGUCAUAAAACAAAUUCAUUUUAAAUCAAUUGGGGCUAAAUUUAGCAGAGUAAAAUUAAUAAAUGAUGAAAAUGUUCAAUAUUUAAUCCUUGCAUUAGUAUUUUUGUUGUCAAGUUACAUUUUAAAGACCCAAACUCAAGCUGCUUUAUACCCAUAUUUUAUAUUUGGAGUCUUUCACGUUGUUACAUACUUCCAAAAUCAUUUAAUUACUAUUUUUAUUCCAUCAAUUCAAGCUCAACAACAUGUUAAUUCUUUGAUAAACAACUUCACAACUAAAUUAAAUCAACCUGCUUUGUAUGCAGCAUCAAGUGUUGAAUUAGUUUUGGCUGUAACUACAGGAUUUGAUGUUUUAAUAAGUACAUUUUGGUUAAUUUUAAGGUGGAAUUUGAUCGAUUACAUUACUAAAGUCAUUGUAUUUUUAACAGUGAUUGUAUUCAAUAAAUUCAAAUUUGAUCAUAGUCAAUAUACUAAAGCAUCCGUACUUCAAAUGGAUCAAACUUGGAAUGGUUAUAUAAACAAGAUAAACAAUCCAAAACUUACUCAAUUAUUUUUCCAACUUAGAGAUUUAGCUAUUCAUUAUAUAAGUUUAAUUCAAAUACCUAAAGAUGUUGUUAAAAAGACUCAAUAG